UGUGGUGAGCUCAAAUGUGUGCACAUGGCUUCUCUCAUUUCCAAGCUUUGAGACUGUAAAUCAAUACAGGGAAAACAAGGUUUUGUGGUUUUCAAGAGAAUAAGUUCCAGUGGGAAGGCCACCUGAUUUGUGUGUUUUUGAUCUAUGAAAAACCAAGCCCUUUCUUUUUGCCGAGUAUGUUUCUUUUUUAUCUAUGAAAGCCUUUCCUUCUUUUGAUGUAUGUCUUUUUUGUUCAUACGCAAGAAAUCAGUCGAAAAUUGGAAGCUUGAAACUGCCAACCAAGCCCUUCUUGCUUCUGCUUAUGCCCUUCAUCCUCAAAAACCCACUGUCAUGGAUUGUUGUUCUUGCCCAACUGAUCACGUUUGCUACCUUUUUGAUCUUCGGGUCCUUAUCGAUCCUCUUCACGUCUACUGUCUUGAUAUUGUCAACCGUUCUGUUCAUAAAACCCAAGUUGGUGGCGAAGAAACCCAAGUUCAUAUCAGAUUCAUGACUACCAAGUGAGAUCACCGGAUGUGCUAUCUGAAACUGAAUGCCUCGAUCAGUUAUCAACCACCGAGGAUUCUGAUGGAUGAUGAUGGAUCGAUAUCUGAUGAGGAUAGCCCUCAUUGAAAUCUCCCUCCCUGGAGGACAUUAUGUUAGCACAAUGAAGACGAGUAUAACUAGCAUGCAGCAGAAACUGGCAGAUUUCAUGCCUGAAUCUGUUUUCCAGCAAUGGAGUCCAAUGGAGCUCUUGGCAAAGUUCAAUGACAUGAAUGAGGAAGAGAACCUGAUUGAGAUUGACAUAUCCAUGGGUUCCAAGUAUUCCAGGCUUGAGAUCAUGAUCUUUUUACUUUUUUUAAAAUCACGCACGUUAAACAUCAAAGAUUCAUAAGCUGCCACGUGUGCCGACAGAAAGGAUAAUGUGUAGAUGAUGUGAUGAGUUGCCACUGUCAGCUGAAGCCAGCCAACAUCGCCAAGCUGCAUCAGCCGCCUAAAGAUUCUCUCGCGCUUGGAAAACGCACUCUCUUAUUUUCACCACGUGUCUUAAUUUCAAACCGUUUGAUCUCCGGGGCCCACUUGAAAUCUAACGACCCAAAUUCCACCUCCUGUCCACUCUUAUCGAUAAACAAACGGUCCACAUCUAACCACGUGUCUUCCCCGAUGCAUUAUUACCCCAUCGAUCCAACGGACCCUAACAACCCCUCUCUCUCUCUCUGUCUCCCUGCAUCCGAACCUCCCUUCCUCUUUCCCCGGAACUCCGUCUUACUUCCGACCAGCAACCAGCAUCAUCGUGAAAUCCCUACUUUACCCUCACCAAACCCCCAAAUUCUCCGCUAAUUUGUUGAAAAAUUGUCUGGGAUUUGUUGCUUUUUCUUUUAUUUUUUGAUGGCGGAUUCGGACAAUGAAUCGGGGGGACAUAACAACAGUGGAGGAAACGCUUACAGGGAAACGUCGGCACGUGAACAAGACAGGUUUUUACCGAUUGCAAACGUAAGCAGGAUCAUGAAAAAGGCGUUACCGGCAAACGCUAAGAUCUCCAAAGACGCCAAAGAAACGGUCCAAGAAUGCGUUUCUGAGUUCAUUAGUUUCAUCACCGGCGAAGCCUCCGACAAGUGUCAGCGCGAAAAGCGAAAGACAAUUAAUGGCGACGAUUUGCUUUGGGCCAUGACGACGCUUGGUUUCGAAGAGUAUGUGGAACCCUUGAAGAUUUACUUGCAGAAGUAUAGGGAGAUGGAAGGUGAGAAGAGCUCUAUGGGAAGGGGAGAAAAAGAUGGAGCCAGUGGUGGUUCCGCCGGCGGGUCAAGUAGCGGCGGUGGCGCUGCUGGAGGAGGGAGUGCUGGUACGGGCGGACUAGGGCCGGGUGGUGGUACUGGAUUUAACGGAGGAGGAUCGAUGUAUGGAGGGAUGAUGAUGAUGGGGCAUCAUCAAGGAAACCUGUACGGUUCCGGUGGGUUUCAUCAACAAAUGAGUGUGGGGAAAGGUGGUGCCCCCACCACCGCUAGUGGUGGAGCUGCUUUAAGGUCAAGAUAGAUCGUGUUGUCUGGUGGGGGAGAUGGGUUAAGAAAUUGUUACUGUAGUAUUUAUUGAUUGAGUUUUUAAAUUUUAGUAUCAGCCAGGAUUAUCAUUACUACUUCUAAUUCAAUGGAAAUUACUAAAUUUAUGCAGAAAGUUUGAUCCUUUUUUCUCCCAUUUUCUUUGCUAUUCAAUGGAAAUUACUAAAGAACUUGACUUUCCAGCUUUCUUUCAGUUCUGGUUCGAUUCUAGCAUUGAAUUGGGAGAUGGAAAAUGUCAGGAAUAGUUUGAACUGAGAGGCUCUCUGACAGAUCUAAAAGAAAAGGGUAACUUUGUUCGGACAUGUUCUUUUUUAGGAAAGGGAGAGAAAUGUUGUGUUUUAUGUUCCCUCCCAACAUGUUUUUGCCAUUUGUUCUGUGCUUAUUGCUGAACUCUGGGUAAUAAAGAAAGGAGUGGUCAUUCUCAUCAAUGGAGAUAUUUUCUGUCGCAGAUUUCUCCAUCUGCUUUGCUUUCACAAUUCCAUUUUUAGGGUCAAUUCUUGAACUCUUUGAUUGCUUGCGUACGGGUGAAAUACUUGUAAUUUUAUGUGUGAUUGUUGCAUCAAUGAUUCAACGUAUAGAUGAUGUUGUACAGGAGCGGCUUUUUCUUGGUCAGGUUUUCCACUUGUUAAAACCAGAUUGAAUUGGAAGCAUAAACAUUCUCACGCUUUUCAGAGUCAACUUUCUGAUAAUAAUAGUAAUGUGGAUUAUAAGUAGUAAACUUCAG